AUGGAAAUAGCAGUUAUUGUGGGUGCUACUUGUAAACUCGGCAUACCUGAAGGACAGGAGGGAUGGAUGUGGGAUCGUUACGAGAAGAGUGUCCCUAUGUCCACUUACCUGGUUGCCUUCGUCGUCCGACUACGUUCAUAUCACUCGACGAGAAUGACCAAAAAUUCUCUGGCAGUGUGGGCACGACAAGAGACCAUAGAUCAAGCAGAAUAUGCAAAUGAGAUAGGUCCCAAGAUCUUGUGUUUCUUUGAAGAUUAUUUCAACCUAUCUUAUCCCCUCCCGAAGAUGGACAUGAUUGCAUUAACCGACCUCUCUUUUGGAGGUAUGGAGAACUGGGGUCUAAUAACUUUCAGAGAAAGCUUCUUGUUGUACGACCCACAAGUUUCAACCCCUGCCGAUAAGGCAGUUAUUGCAAAUAUUUUAUCUCAUGAGUUGGCUCACCAGUGGUUUGGCAAUCUGGUGACGCCUAAGUGGUGGGACGACUUGUGGCUCAACGAAGGAUUCGCUACUUAUAUAAGUUACCUUGGAGUAGAUCAUGUGGAACCAACGUGGAAGGCAAUGGAAGAAAUCGUCGUUGAAAUAGUCCAUCGUGUGUUCGAUCUAGACAGCCUGGAGUCCUCCCACAGGAUCAACAUUCCCGUCUCAAACCCGGACGAAAUAUUCGAAGUCUUUGAUGACAUAUCUUACAAUAAAGGAGCGUCUAUCAUCCGGAUGAUGACCCACUACCUCACAGAGCCGACCUUUAGAAAGGGAUUGAACAACUAUCUAAAAGCACUCACAUACAAUAGUUCUGUGCAAGACGACCUGUGGAAGCAUCUGACUCUGGCGGCUCACGAGGACGGCAUUCUGCCCCAGGAGGUGACUGUGAAGAUGAUCAUGGACACGUGGACGCUGCAGAUGGGAUACCCCGUCGUGAAGGUGACAAGGAGCCCCGACGGAACCUCUGCUACUUUGACACAGGAGCGGUUCCUCUUAGAAGGGAGCGCAAACUCUUCCAGCACCACGGAUUACAAGUGGUGGGUGCCUCUGACCUUCACGACCCAGAGCGAGGCCAACUUCAGCCAGACUCAAGCCAGUUUAUGGAUGAAGGACUCUGAGGAUCACGUCACCGUCUCUUCUCUUCCCCCGAAGGACCAGUGGGUCAUCUUCAACCUGCAGCAGGCGGCCUACUACCGAGUCAACUACGACGACCACAACUGGAAUCUUAUCAUCCAGCAGCUGAAGAAGGACCACCAGGUUAUUUGCCCCAUCAACAGAGGGCAGAUUGUCGAUGAUGCCAUGAACCUUGCUAGGGCUGGUCAUCUCAGCUACAAGCUCGCCCUGGACGUUUUACUGUAUCUGCGAAAUGAAGGAGAAUAUCUGCCUUGGGCUACAGGCGCCAGGAAAUUCGUUUACAUAGAGAGUAUGUUCAGACGCAGAAGUGAUUCGGCGCUCUCAAGGUGA